AUGAAAUAUUUCUUUUUAAUUAAAAUUGGUGUUACACAUUCAUAUCUAAGUACAGAUACAAAAUUACCCAAUCUUUCAAUGAUUAAAGAUACCUAUGGAUUUGUAACAGCAUUUGCUACAAUACCAAUACCUACAGAUCCUGUAAAAAUUGAACUUCCAACAUGGGGAGAUAUAACAGAAUAUUAUAGUAGUAUGAUACAAAUUGGAAGAUAUAUUGAACUAAAUGUUAAAUCGAAAGAAGCUAAAGAUGCUGCUAAAGAAGCAUUAAAAUUAUAUAAUAAAAAUAAAGAUAUCAAUUUGGGUAAUAAAGUAAAUCUUCUUAAAAUUAUUAAAAUAGAACGCCAAAUUUUAUGUGGAAAAAAUUACAAAUUUAUUUUAUUUGUAAAAUUAAGAAAAUGUAAAAAUUCAAAAAAACAAAUUUGUAAAAAAAAACUUGAACUAACUUUCUACAAACCUUUAUAUUAUACAAAAAUUUUAUAUUCAAAGUUAGAAUGA